UUCCCUUCUAGAAGGAGCGUGGUGAAGAUGGCGGCGCAGAAGUCGGUGCCGAGUGAUCUUUAUAAAUGCGUAUAUUCGUUUCUGCUUGAAAAUAAGUUCACUAAGGUGGCUCAGCAGUUCAUGAAGCAGACUAAAGUCAAUCCACAAGAUCAAAAUGAAGAAAGUCUCGUCAACAUCUACAACUUCUGGGUGAAGUCUCCUGAAGCCAAGAAACGAAAAGCACCUGUUAAUGCUGAAGCUACCAACGGCCCAUCAGCCAAGAAAGCAAAAACCAGUCCAGAGAGCUCCAGCAGCGAAGAGUCAAGCAGUGAGGAUGAAAAAGCUGCUGCUGCAAAACCAACUAAGGCUGCUCCAGCAGCCAAAACAGUGCCUGCUAAAGCGAAAGCUGCAUCAAGCAGCAGUGAAGACUCAAGUGACUCUGAAGAAGAGAAGGCUCCUCCAAAGCCUGCUGCAAAGGCUCCUGUGAAGCAACCACCUGCUGCUGCAGCAGGCAGCACAAGGAAAAAGGACAGCAGCUCGAGCAGUGAAGAAUCUGACUCUGAGGAUGAACAGCCUGCCAAAGCUCCUGCACCAAAACCCAAAGCUGGUGCAGCCACUACACCCAAAGCAGCUGUUCCUACAAAAGGUGCAGCUCAGAAGAAGCAGGAGAGCAGCAGCAGUGAAGACAGCUCCUCAGAUUCUGAAGAUGAAAAGUCAACCAAGGCUCCAGUCAAACCUGCCCCCGUAAAAAAGGCAGCAGCUCCGACUCCUGCUGCUGCUGAAUCAAGUAGUGAAGAAUCUUCAUCUGAAGAUGAGGCUCCUGCCAGCAAAAAACCCAAAGCAGGAGUGUACAGUGCAGUUCCACCUCCUGCUUCAAUCCAGAAAGCUCCUGCUGCACCAGCAGCCAGCAAGGCCAAGGACAGUGACUCAUCAGACAGCAGUGAUGACAGCAGUGAUGAGGAUGAGAAGAAAGCAGCUGCCAAACCUGCACCUGUCAAGGCAACGAAAGCCAAACCUGCUGUGUCCAAACCCGCUGCAAAGAAGCAGGAGUCCAGCUCCGAGAGCUCUGAUUCAAGCUCAGAUGAAGAGGAAAAGAAGCCUGCAGCCAAGGUCACUCCAGCUAAAGGAGCCCCAGUCAAACCUGCCCCAGCUAAGGCUGCACCUGCUAAGGAAGACUCAGAUGAAGACUCAUCAAGUUCAGAGGAGGAAGAAGUGAAGAAACCUGCAGCAAAGGUGACACCUGCUAAAGCCAUGCCUGCCAAGACUACCCCGGCUAAGAAGGACGAGUCUUCAAGCUCAGACUCAGAAAGCAGUUCUGAAGAUGAGGCUCCAGCAAAACCUAAAACUGCAGCCCCAGCACCAGCUGCUGCCGCCUCUAAGGUCCCAGCCAAGGCAGCAGAGACCAGCUCUGAUUCAGACGAUUCCUCUGAGGAUGAGGAGGAACCAGUGAAAGCCAAGCCUGCAGCUAAAACCGUUACCCCAGCUUCAAAGUCUGCUGCCCCUGUUGCUAAGCCUGCAGCUAAGCCUGCAGCUAAGCCUGCUGCUGCAGCAGAAAGCAGCUCAGACUCUGAUUCCUCAUCUGAGGAUGAAGAGCCGGCGAAGGUAGCUAAAACCGCUACCCCGGCUUCAAAGCCUGCUACCCCUGCUGCAAAGACUGCAGCUAAGACUGCAGCUAAGCCUGCUGCUGCAGCAGAAAGCAGCUCAGACUCUGAUUCCUCCUCUGAGGAUGAAGAGCCAGUGAAGGCCAAGGCAACAGCAGCUAAACCAGCUACCCCAGCCUCAGAGCCUGCUACUCCGGCAGCUAAGCCUGCAGCCAAGCCUGCUGCUGCAGCAGAAAGCAGCUCAGACUCUGACUCCUCCUCCGAGGAUGAAGAGCCAGUGAAGGCCAAGGCAAAGGCAACAGCAGCUAAACCAGCUACCCCAGCCUCAAAGCCUGCUACUCCGGCAGCUAAGACUGCUGCUGCAGCAGAAAGCAGCUCAGACUCCGAUUCCUCCUCUGAGGAUGAAGAGCCAGCUAAGGCCAAAGCAACAGCAGCUAAACCAGCUACCCCAGCCUCAAAGCCUGUUACUCCGGCAGCUAAGCCUGCCACUGCAGCAGAAAGCAGCUCAGAGUCUGACUCCUCUUCUGAAGAUGAAGAACCUGUCAAGGCUAAACCUGCUGUGGCUAAAGCAGCUACCCCAGCCUCAAAGUCUGCUACACCUGCAGGAAAGACUGCUGCAGCAGAUAGCAGCUCUGAGUCCUCUUCUGACGAUGAGGAAGAACCAGUGAAAGCCAAGCCAACAGCAGCAGCAGCUAAACCAGCUACCCCUGCUUCAAAGCCCGUCUCCAGUGCAGCAGCAGAAAGCAGCUCUGACAGUGACAGUUCAGACUCUGAGGAUGAACCACCCAAGCCUGCAGUCAAGAAACAAGCCCCUGCAGCAGCCAAGAAACCUGCAGCUGCUAACGCCACAAAGGCUCCUGCAGACUCCAGUGAUGACAGCUCCAGCGAUGAGGAGGAACCCAAGAAGGCAGCACCACCAUCCAAGCCUGCAGCUGCAGCUUCAUCAAAGAAAGCUGAGGAGAGCAGCUCUGACUCCUCAGAUAGCUCUGAUUCAGAGACAGAGACCACCCCUGCUAAGCCUGUUGUCACCAACGGCAAGACAGCAACCCCCAAGACAGCCACCACAGCAGUAAAGGCUGCAGCAAAGCCGGCAGAGUCGUCAUCCAGCGACAGCAGCUCUGAAGAAGAGGAAGAGGCCAAUAAGAGUACUGUAAAACCUGCUACGCCAGCCAAGACAACCCCAGCAGCAAAACCUAAAGAGAGCAGUAGCAGCUCCUCAGACAGUUCAUCAGAUGAGGAGGAAGCUCCGCGUAAAGCAGCCACUGCACCCACCACCCCAACAGCGAAUAGUACCAAUGGAAAGAGAAAAAGGGAUGAAGAAUCCUCAGAAAGUGAAGAGGAGGAGGAGAUGGAAGUAAAGACGCCAAAAAAUAAGAAAGCACCAACCACACCACAGACGUUCCCUAAAGCCAAUAAGAAGUCUACCAACGUACCCUUUCGUAGAAUAGUUGAGGAAAAAGUAGAUGUGGAUCCCCGUCUUGCAGACAACUCUUUUGACGCCAAACUUGGAGCUAAUGGGGACUGGGGCCAGAAAGCUAACGACGUGCUCAGGUUCACAAAAGGCAAAUCAUUCCGUCAUGAAAAGACAAAGAAGAAGAGGGGAAGCUACCGCGGGGGAGCCAUCUCCACAACAAUCAACUCAAUCAAGUUUGACAGCGACUGAGUAACCUUCUCAGUCGGGUCCCUCCAACUCGAACUGUACCGUACCUGUGUGGUCAGGAAUAUCAAUUGUCUGCCCCCAACCCCACCCACACCCUCCUGUAAACAGUCUCUGCCAUCACCAGACAGAAGAAUGGACCCAUAGAGCUGAGCUGGCACUUUCAUUUAGCGUGCUGUUAGUCUGCAAUGAAGACUGAUGGCUGAUCUGAAGUAACAGUUUAGUGGAGCUGUGGCAGCUGGUAAAAUAUGUUCACAGCUGUCACAUCAGGCUGUAGUGGUUGACACCCAUGUGACAUUAUUACUUAUGGCCACUAGGUGGCUGCAGGCCAUCAGCUAAUGUUAAAAAGCCAGGAUAUGUGUGUUGGGCCCUUAUCCUUGUUUUGACUUAAUUCUCAAAUGAUGAAUGUUCUGUCAUGAUUUUGUGACAUAAAUUUCUCAUUUAUCUAUGUAUGAAUGACAGCCAUCCAUCAUAAUACAUUCUUUAUUAUGUGAAAGAAAAUGCUAUUGAUUUUUAAUGGUUUGCUUGGGUUUUUGUUGGUUUUUGUCAGUUCUUAUUUGGCCACAUUUAAAUGUAGAGAGGGUGUGUUUGGGCUUUUCUCCUAACAUUACAAGAAAACACUAUUGAGUAGAGCAGAGUUUUGUACUGUGUAUUUAUUAUGUUUUAUUCCAUUUCAACCUUUAGGACCUACAGAGUCUUUUUGGUAUUCUCAAGGAAUUUUGCUUUUAAAUCAUUGUUUCUUCUGAUGUUAGGUUGCCCUCAUCAUCCCUCCCUAUUCUGUUCAUCAGUGGUAUUGACUUUGUUAUUCACAAACAUGACUGAGAGCCAUGUUUGUUCCAAUUAUUUGAACUUACUGUAUGGAUUUCUGUGUACCGCUGUUAUUUUUUUAUUCUAGCAAUUAAAAGAUCUAACAGUUUAAAUGUUACUGAGAUCAAAUUUA